UGGGAGGCAGGGCAUGGUAAUGACUGGUGUGCCAGCCAACAGCAACGAGUACAGAUAAAAGCGCACUGAAUUCCACGAGAGUGAGAGAGACAGCACCAGAGUUCUUGAAAUCAUAAAUACGGAUAUGAUACAUCGCGUCAUCGUGAUUGUGUAUAAGUGUGUUAUGUAUAAGAAAUAAAAGGGAGAGAGAGAGAAAAAAAGGGGAGAGACAAGCUGAGAAGUAGAUUGUCAAGUGCAGGCAACAGUCAGGAGCCAGGUUUUACCGCGUCGUGUACGCAGAAUCACACAACUUACAACAUAUGUACAAUUCAACAUAAUAUAUAUAUAUAUAUAUACAUACAUAUAUAAUACUCUUCCACUUGAAACUGGUGAUGCCAAUAUCCGCCAUAACGUUGAGAAGGACGUAACGCCAUAACGAAGCGCUCGAGUGAGAGCAGACAGCAACGCGGGAUAAACAUUUGUCUAGUGAUUAUACGACAAUGCCGUCGUGAACCACUCAGAUUUUUUUUUACUGAUCGUCUGUUAACAAAACAUUUGAUUGGCUUAUUUAUACAUUACCGUGAUAAAAAAAUUGGAGCGUAAAAAUUCGAUACGGAGAUUAUCAAUUGAAGAUUGAGGGAAAUGGAUGAUGACGAAGGAACAUCAAGCUCUGGACCAAUGUCAUCGUUAAAUAGUUUAUUUUCUUUCACAAGUCCGGCGGUUAAAAAACUUCUGGGUUGGAAACAGGGUGACGAGGAAGAAAAAUGGGCUGAGAAAGCCGUUGACUCGUUGGUCAAGAAGUUAAAAAAAAGAAAAGGUGCGAUCGAAGAGCUGGAACGUGCUCUGAGUUGUCCUGGUACACCUAGCAAAUGUGUAACCAUACCUAGAAGUCUUGAUGGAAGACUUCAGGUGUCACACCGUAAAGGUUUACCGCACGUUAUCUAUUGUCGUGUAUGGAGGUGGCCUGAUUUGCAGUCGCACCAUGAACUGAAACCCCUGGAACUGUGCCAAUAUCCAUUUUCAGCCAAGCAGAAAGAAGUCUGCAUCAACCCUUACCAUUACAAGCGAGUUGAGAGCCCUGUGUUGCCGCCAGUGUUGGUGCCAAGACACUCGGAAUUCGCACCGGGACAUUCGUUGCUGCCGUUUCAGCAGAUUCAAGACACGACAAUGCCACACAAUGUGUCCUAUUCAACAAGUGGAUUCAAUUCUGGACCUACUGGCGGGUCUAGUAUAAAUCCUACAUCGCCGAUGUCCUCAAUAAGCUCAGUACCGAGUCCUGGUAGCGCCUCAAAUAAUCCUCAAAGUCCUUACGGCACAAAUGGCUUACCUGAGACACCACCACCGGCUUACUCGCCACCAGAUGACGGUUCACAAACUGGACAAUCGCCCCCGCCUGAUCCCGCUGCUAUGGACACUGGAGGCUCUCCCGAAGUUGAUCCAGUUUGCUACCAGGAACCGCCUUACUGGGCAUCGAUUGCUUACUACGAAUUAAAUUGCCGCGUCGGUGAAGUCUUUCACUGUCAGUCCCACUCUGUGAUUGUCGACGGGUUCACCAAUCCCAGCAACAACUCUGACCGUUUUUGUCUAGGUCAGCUGUCCAACGUCAAUCGUAACUCAACGAUAGAAAACACAAGAAGACACAUCGGGAAAGGUGUUCAUCUUUAUUAUGUCGGUGGUGAAGUUUACGCCGAGUGUUUAUCUGACUCGGCUAUUUUUGUACAAUCGAGAAAUUGUAAUCACCAUCAUGGUUUUCAUCCCAGUACUGUGUGUAAAAUACCUCCAGGAUGUUCACUAAAGAUAUUUAACAAUGCUGAAUUUGCACAAUUGCUCUCCCAGAGUGUUAAUCAUGGAUUCGAAGCCGUCUACGAGCUCACCAAGAUGUGUACAAUAAGAAUGUCUUUCGUCAAAGGAUGGGGAGCUGAAUAUCAUCGGCAAGAUGUUACGUCAACACCCUGUUGGAUCGAGGCACAUUUACAUGGUCCACUGCAGUGGCUGGAUAAAGUCCUUACUCAAAUGGGGUCUCCUCAUAAUGCCAUAAGUUCCGUGUCGUAAAAAAUUAUAAAUAUCAGUGACUAUAAUUUUUUUUUUUAAUUACCCUUAUCUAUACAUAAUAUAAAAUUUAAUUUAAGUAGAAAAGGAGACUGACUGUCAAAAACAAUAAUAAAUUAGUGUGGUUGGUCUUAUUUUCUUAAAUAUUCUCAUGAUACAAAGAGAUUAUUUUAUUUGCAAUACAGAAAAAGGUUAAAUUAUCAUUUUCUUUUUUUUUUUUUUUUUAAUUACACAUUUAAUGACAUUUUAAAAUUUGAACAAAGUGCAAAUAUGUAGAAUUACCGAUUACUAAAGGCAUUCUCAGACACUAGUCCCCCCACAGUUUUCAAAAAUAUUUAGUGACUCUGAAAUGUCAACCGUGGUAAAAUUUUAUUAAUUAAUUAAAAAGACAAGUCACCGAGUUAUAAAAUUAAUUGCCCUUAAAUAAUAUGUACCGAUAUUAUAUAUUAUUAUUAUUAUAUUUAAAUUUUAAACGAGGAGAUAAUAGACAGCGUGUGUUCUGUUAUUCGAUACACCGAACUGAAGCCUUAUAACUCAAUGAGUUAUUAAUUGACGUAACAAAAAAACAUAAAAAAAAAAAAAACAAAAAUAAUAAUAAUAAUAUUAUCUAUUACAAUUAUAUUACUCAUAGAAAAGAAAUGUUAAAUAUUUUAUUAACAACUUGAUCGGCAUAACGUUUUAUUUUUUUAUGUAGACGUUAUGAUAUAUAUAUAUUGAUGUGAAAUUUUAAACAAGUUACUGUCAAUUUAAUUGCAACAAUAAAGUGCUAUUGCUAUUUUAUAAAAUAAUAAUUAUAAUAAUAAUAACAACCAGCGUGUAAAUGCGACUGGCGCUAAAAGAAAGUGUUUUAAAUGAAAGUAUUAAGAUAUAUAUUGACGACCAUCGGAAAGCUAAAUUAUUCAUAUCAAAACUACUUUCUAAAUCAUGUUAAAUUUGAUAUUUAUUAUUAUCAAUACACUAAAAAAUCGGGAGUAAAUUCGGAGUGAUCGCGGAUUUAUUCCGCUCCGUCACUCCGAGUUUUAAACCUUUAAAAAAAUUACUCCGCAUAUGAAGUAAAUAAAGAGUUUGUUUUUUCCAUGGAGUGAUUUGAAUUUUAUUUAAAUUUCCAUUCACUUCGAGUUGAAGUUCAAAUAUUAAAAUAAACUCCGUAGUAAAUUUUACUCCAAAAAAAUUAAAUAAAUAUACUGUCAUAGUCUGAAAUUUUAAUCAUUAAUUUUUAAACAUUAAAAUUUUUAAAAAUAAUUGAGACUGAAAUUAUCCGACGUCUAAUAAUUUUAGGAUUUCUUUUCAAACGAUAAAUUAUAAAAAAAAAAUAUUUGAAGAAAUUCCACUUGUAGUUUUGUAUUUCUUAUUUUAUUGUUAAUUGUCUGGUAACCAGUGUCAUAAAUAAUUUAGCUUUCCGUAUUGGUCAAAAAAAAUUUUCGAGCCUUAUUGAAUAUGCCUAAAAAUAAUCUGACAAUAUUAAUAUUAUGAGCCUUUGAGAAGCAUUAUUGAUUAGUUGAUAUUAUGCUGUAGCUAAAAAUAAAACUGAUUAAUAAAAUAAAAUGAA